CAUCAUCACCUUCCAACUUCUUUUCUUCCAUUCUCUCAUUCCUCUCUUUUAUCUCUUUUAUCAUCAUCUCGUCCUCCUCCUUAUCUCACUCCCAUCACUGUCAUCCCAUCCCAUCCAUCCAUCCAUCCGUCAACCAUCAACUCACCAUUGUCUGCAUGGCUUAGGUUAACCCAUCGCUCAUCUUACACCCCUCCACCGAAACAUCCAGCCAACCCCCGCUUCGCCAGUCUGUGACUCUGUGACCAUGGCCUACUACGACGGGCGCCAAUAUUCAUCUCGCCCUUCUGCUGGCUAUAACCCUGACUACUAUUACCCCCCCUCUCGCCAUCAAACCGAUGUUGUGCGUCAUCAUCGGGAUGGCAGUGUCGAGUCCUUCGAGGCCGUCCACCGCGACUACCCCCCCGCCGAUUAUGGCUACGAGUACGGCUACGGCAUUCCCCCGCAGGGAAAACCCACCCGCGCGUCCACCGUCCACGAAAGUGUGCGCCGUUCCCACUCCGUGAACCCCCGCGACCCUUACGACGACGGCUCCGACUACUAUCGGCACUCACAUCGCCGCUCCAGACGCCAUGACGAUCGACAUGAUAGGGGUCGAUACUCCCGGUCCCCCUCCGACAGCCGCUCGCCCCCACCGCGCCGACGCAAGUCCAUCUCCGAGCAAGCCCUGGGGGCGCUAGGGUUGGGAUCGCUUGCUUCGUCGGGCUCGAGACAUCGGGAGCGCGGCCGCUCGCAGGCCCGCGACCGCAAAUCCUACUCCUACUCGCCGUCUCCGACUCGCUCGCGGAGUCGCCAUCGGCGCGAGAAAAGCGAGCAACGCAUCGCACAGGCGAUGCGGGCCGCUCUGACCGCCGGAGCCAUCGAGGCAUUCCGCGUCCGCAAGGACCCCGGGGAGUGGACCGGCGCCAAGGGGAAGCGGAUCUUGACCGCUGCCAUCGCGGCCGGGGGCACAGAUGGACUGGUGGACCGCGAUCCCAAGAAGCACUCGAAGCGUCAUGUCGUGGAAUCGACCCUGGCCGGGCUCGCCGCCAACCACUUCCUGAACGGGUCCCGUUCCCGCUCCCGUUCCCGCGGCCGGCACCAUGGACGCUCCCAGAGCAACAGUGGCGUGAAGAAUCUCGCUGCCACAGGCGCCUUGGCUGCGAUCGGCAAGGAAGCAUACGAUCGGUUCCGCUCCAGGUCCCGUCCCCGGGACCGGAGUCGGGGCCGAUCUCUCUCGCAGGACAGCUACGAGGACCGUCGUCCGAGACCGCGGAGCAAGAGCGUCUCGGACUACAUCCACAAGGGGAUGGAGGCGCUGGGUCUGAGCGAGAAGGACCACCGCCGGGACAGCCGGGACAGCCGGGACCGAGAUGGCCGCCGCUCGUCCCGUCGGGAUGAUUACCCCGACGACUAUAGCGACUAUGAGUAUCGCCGUCACCGAAGCCCGCGGCGCUCCCGACAUUCUAGAGAUGUGAGUCGACCAAUUGUUCACGCCGACGAAGCUGGCUAUAGCCGUACCCGUGCCCCGGAUGAGCCCCGUUCCAACUCCAACAGCACCGAGGAUUGUGACUCUGACUUAGGAAGCAGUACCGAUGAGGAGAAGCGCCAGAAGAAACUAACGCGCAAGACGCUGGUCAAGACCGGCCUGGCGACCGUGGCCACAAUCCACGCCGCCCAUGAGCUCUAUGAAAACAUGGAAAAACACAAGAAACGAGCCGAGCAGCUCCGCGAGGGCGAGAUCACCCCGGAGGAAGCGCGCCGCCGGCGCCUCAAGGCCAAUCUCGGCGAUGUGGCCAGCGUGGGCAUCGCCGCCUGGGGUAUCAAAGGCGCCGCGGAUGAAUGGAAACAUGCGGCUGAGCUCCGGAAGGAGCGCCAGAAGUUGCGUGAGGAGUGCGAACACAAGCGCGAACUGCGCCAUCAGCGCGCGCAGAGCCACGCGGGAUAUGACCAUCACCAACCGCGGACCAUGUACCCGGAUGAGAUCGAGGAGCACCAUCCGUCCGAGUAUGGGUCCACCCCGCCGAGCCUUCGGUCUCGUUCGGCGGGACGGUCGAGGCGGGUGCCCAUGGCGCAGUAUGCUUGAUUGCCUGUGCAAGGAGAAAGACUUGAUAUAAAGGGGCUCAGCGCCCGUUGGAUGGUGCUGUGUGUAGGAUGUGUGUGUUGCGAUGAUAUGAUGAUGAGCUUAUGACUUGAUGAAUUCGCGAGACGUGUCCGUCUUAGGCUGAUGUAUUUUACUUCUGGGUGCUGUGGUUCCGUGGGUUGGGUUUUUGUUUUGAUGCGUGGCUUUGUGAUGCGUGCGGCCCUACUGAUGACGAAUUGAUGAUGGGAUCUUGGGGGCCAUCUGCUCUACCAUUGAUGAUUGUUUUGACAUUGCUUGUUCGGGAUUAUUUACUAUAUUACCAGAAGUGAGCUGGCUCGAGC